GGGGGGAGGCGGCGCCGCGGCGGAGCUGCCCGCCGCUAUGGAGCCCGACUCGGUGAUCGAGGAUAAGACCAUCGAGCUGAUGACAAGUCUGAGAAGGAAACCCCAUUCGAAUCCCCUUUCAUUCUGGAUUGGUGGAUCUGAAGCCCAGAAACAAAGUUUCAGAACACGUCAGUAAUGGAGGAUCAGAAUGAAGAUGAGUCUCCAAAGAAAAAUACCCUAUGGCAGAUAAGUAAUGGAACUUCAUCUGUGAUUGUCUCAAGAAAAAGACCAUCAGAAGGAAAUUACGAAAAGGAAAAAGACUUGUGUAUUAAAUACUUUGACCAGUGGUCUGAAUCAGAUCAAGUGGAAUUUGUGGAACACCUUAUUUCACGAAUGUGUCACUAUCAGCAUGGACAUAUUAACUCUUACUUGAAGCCCAUGUUGCAACGGGACUUCAUCACUGCGUUACCAGAGCAAGGCUUAGAUCACAUAGCGGAAAACAUCCUUUCCUAUCUUGAUGCCAGAUCGCUCUGUGCGGCAGAGCUGGUAUGUAAGGAAUGGCAGAGAGUCAUCUCUGAGGGAAUGCUAUGGAAAAAACUGAUUGAACGCAUGGUACGCACAGAUCCGCUGUGGAAAGGACUGUCCGAACGGAGGGGUUGGGAUCAGUACCUGUUUAAAAACAGACCAACAGAUGGCCCCCCAAAUUCAUUUUACAGAUCCUUAUACCCAAAGAUAAUACAGGAUAUAGAGACUAUAGAAUCUAACUGGCGAUGCGGGCGACACAAUUUGCAGAGGAUUCAGUGCCGCUCUGAAAAUAGCAAAGGUGUCUACUGUUUACAGUAUGAUGACGAAAAGAUUAUCAGUGGCCUACGAGAUAACUCCAUUAAGAUUUGGGACAAAACAAGCUUGGAAUGUUUGAAAGUAUUAACAGGACAUACUGGCUCAGUUCUUUGUCUGCAGUAUGAUGAAAGAGUCAUUGUAACUGGAUCUUCAGAUUCUACAGUGAGAGUUUGGGAUGUAAACACAGGUGAAGUUCUGAACACGCUGAUUCACCACAAUGAAGCAGUGCUUCAUUUGAGGUUCAGCAAUGGUUUAAUGGUGACAUGCUCAAAGGACAGAUCCAUUGCCGUUUGGGAUAUGGCAUCACCUACUGACAUCACCCUGCGCCGUGUGUUGGUUGGCCAUCGUGCUGCUGUUAAUGUUGUAGACUUUGAUGACAAGUACAUUGUGUCAGCGUCAGGUGACAGGACCAUUAAAGUCUGGAGUACAAGUACGUGCGAGUUUGUUCGUACUCUAAAUGGGCACAAGAGGGGUAUUGCGUGCCUCCAGUACAGGGAUCGACUGGUUGUCAGCGGAUCCUCAGAUAAUACUAUUAGGCUAUGGGACAUUGAAUGUGGUGCCUGCUUAAGAGUAUUAGAAGGCCAUGAAGAACUGGUUCGAUGCAUCAGGUUUGACAACAAGAGAAUUGUUAGUGGAGCCUAUGAUGGCAAAAUUAAAGUUUGGGACUUGCAAGCUGCUCUUGAUCCUCGUGCUCCAGCAAGUACAUUAUGCCUGCGUACGUUAGUGGAACAUUCAGGACGUGUCUUUAGACUCCAGUUUGAUGAAUUUCAGAUCAUUAGUAGUUCCCACGAUGAUACGAUUCUGAUUUGGGAUUUCUUAAAUGUGCCACCCAGUGCCCAGAAUGAGACCCGCUCUCCAUCUAGAACAUACACUUACAUCUCCAGAUAACAGUCUGCACUUUACUACCCUCAGAAGGGUUUCACAGUCUUGAACUACUGGAUUUUUGGCUACUACAUGCCUGAAGAUGUUGAUUGACAGCUAAAGUCAGAAUUGGUUCUAGAUGCUGUGUAGAUGCAAAGCAGCACAAUCCUAUAUCUAAAAUUCUUACUCCUUCCUGCUCCCAGUGGACGUCUCUGAAUUUACUGCAAAUUCACUGACUUCGAGUAGAUGAAUUUCAGAAGCCUAUCCUUCCCUGCAAUGAAAAAUCCAAAGCUUCACAUGUAAAUUGUCCGUAGAAACUGAACUCUGAUGGCUUGUUUUUCAGAAAUAAAUCAGAAGUCAAGAAAGGACUUGGCCUAAUUUAUAUUGCUUUGCACUUUUGUCUGACUUUAAAGAAAAAACAUUCUCCAAUGAAAUUUGGGUGCCAAACACAUACCCAGAAUGUACAGAGCUUUGCUUUCAAAGUCACCAUUGUCCUUUAGACUUUACUCUCAUGACAGAUUCAGAGCCUGUUUUGUUUGAUAGGAGUGUACGUUGGACUAUUAGAAAUAUUUCUGAAUUGAUCAGUAAUAUUUUUGGAUUACAGUUUACUGGUUUCUGCACCAAUAAUUUCUUUUAAAUUAAAGAUUACCUGUAAUUCAGGCUAGGUUAUCUAAACUAGUUGUAUAGCACUGUCUUUUCCUUUUAACUGUGCUCUGUACUACAGCCGUCCUACGCUUCCUAAUGUUUGGUAUAGUAAAACCUUUCCAUGUGUGCUUGCCUCAUUUCAAAUACUGUAUAAGCAUGUAGAUAUAAUGUACAUAACAGCAUAACCUCCAGGUGCUAGGAGUCAGGAUUUCCUGACACUACACACUAAUACAAAAUGUGUUAGCACUUGGCAGCAGGAUGUUCUAACUACUGGCACUGUAGGGGUUAGUACGAAUUACCUAGAAAUUUUCUCUGCAAAAGGAGGUUUUCAGUAUUCAUUAGGAUUUUUUUAAUGGGAACUACAUAUUUUAAAAUGUAAUUUCUAAACUUUUUAAAAAUUAAAAAAAUGUUUAAUUUA